UUCAGAGGAAUAGCUAUGAUUGGUCAGUUUUAAAACUACGGAUGUUAUUAAAAUUUAAAUGUACUCUAUGGUCGUAUUCCAAAAUUCACCGCCACUAUUCAAAAUCUAUAGUUGACGUUACUUAUAUUAUAGAUUUCCAGUACUUUCUAGUAAAUUGCGGAACAUGGCCUAUACGACACGUUAUACAUUCGUGUAUUGUGCGUGAACUGUCGCACUGCUGCCUCACGGUUGAUCCAUCAAGCACGUGAAAUGAGAAUCGUCCAUUACGCGUCAGAUUUGAAAAUUUAAACGUUUUUGGUUUUUUGUGGAUUGUGGAUGUGGCGAUUUGCGUUAAUAGUGACGAGCGUGCGGCAUCAAUUGAACGAGAGGCAUUCGCCACCGCGCACGUUAUCGUAAAAUUGCUGCCGGUUUAAAGAUCACGGUAAAAAGUUACGAUAACGCUGCAUCCGAUUGCGCUCGUUGUACGCACAUUGAUAUAAUCGGAAACGCAAAGCCCGGGGAUAAAGGAUAGUUUUCCCAUAAAUUUUCCGUUCAUCUAAGGACAAAUUCGACUGCAAUAUGGCGACUGAGAACUAAGAACAGGAGGUUAUGAUAGAAAAAGCAUUUAUAUAUAAUUAAAAACUCUGAAAGAGUGAAGGCACAUUAAAUCUCAAAUAAAUCUCAAUUGAAAACAUCUGAAAACUCAACUUGCAGGCAAAAUUAUAUACAUAAAAUUAAUUAUGAGAGUAAUUGGAUUGAGAUUAUAGAAAAUCUGAUAGUUGAUUAAAAAUAUAUGGACUUUAUUUGUCUUGCAUAAAUUUUUCUUUAUCAAAAUUAACAUAGUAAAUCUUACAAGAUACAAAAUAUAAAUUUUGCAAAACUAUAUAAAAAAUAUAAAAAAAAGAAAAUAUAGAAACAAUAAAACAAAAAAAGAAAGACAAAACAAGAAGAUUUUUUAAAUGUAAUGUAUAUGUAAACAAUAUAAAACUUUGCAAGAUUCAGUAACAACAUUGUGUGCCUUAUAUACACUAUUGAUUGUUGUAAAUAUUUAUGAGGACUAUUAUAAGUGCAAUAAAUUGCUAUAUUGGCAAUUAAACAAAGAAAUUGCACACAUCUUGUAUUUCCUAUAUUUAUAUUGACUAUGUACCAUACUGUGUUUCCAUCACAAAUGAUGGUACAAAUAAUGGGUGGACAGCAAACAGGUGGACAAUGUCCACCAGCGCAAACUCAUACGUUGCAUAUUAAUGGCAUAAAUGGAUUGCAUCAAACUGAUUUCACAUCAUAUGGUCCAGAUAUUUCUAGACAUAACAGACCUCAUACAAUGCAGACAGGAUCUCACCCAUUAGAGUUCUUACAACUAAUGGGACUUGAUGUACCAUCAUUACGACAUAUAGAAUAUAUGCAAUCAAAUAAUUCGUCUCCUGGAAAUUGGGAGAGACGAAUGGGCACAUCCAACAAUACCUCAAUUAUUCCACCAUCAAAUUAUAACUUAAAGCCUACAAAUACUCAUUCAAUAAAAAAACCAAGUUGGAAUAACAGAAAUGGCAGACGAAGUACAUAUAGAAAUUCUUACUCCAAGUAUGAGACAUAUAAUAGUGACAGUGGAUUUAGUUCUCGGUCACCAACACCAAAUAAAUAUCACAUUGAUAAUAGUCUAACAGAGAGUUCAGAUGAAAGAGAUUCCACAAGUUCAUUAAGAGGACAAGAAAUAAAAAAAUAUCAUAGGAUACAUUCAGAUAAUAGAGCAAUCAAUAAACCAAUAUCAAGCGGGUUAAUUUCAAGUGCUUCUGCACACCAGUUUUAUCAGAAUCAACGACCUGUCAAUUAUUACAAUACUGUUUCCACCCCCAGGUCUCAUGCUCAAAAUUAUCAGAAUAGGAGAAAGUAUUUAUCAGGCAGGAGUGAAAGUGCACCUUGUCAAAGAUUUCUAAGAAACCGUAAAUUUUCGGAAGUUUUAUUGCCGAAUUAUAAUUUGGUUUCCACAUAUAUUAUAGCUCCUGAUAGAUUUCUUGCUAAAUCUCAUAUGAUGGAAGUAACUUCUGCGCCAAGGAAUAUUAUGACAGGAUCAAAAUGGGAUAAUUUGUCGCAACAAAUUUGGUUGAAAUUUAUGUCAAAUCAACAAACUGAAGCUACUUACAGAAAUAAAAUGAUGCUAUGGAAACAUCUUUAUAUUUAUAUUAAGCGUCAAUAUCCAAAAUAUGGUUUAUUUGUGGUUGGUUCAACAAUGAAUGGGUUUGGUUCGGAUAAUAGCGAUGUCGACAUGUGUCUUUUGGUGAGACACACAGAAAUGGAUCAAAAAUAUGAAGCUGUAGAGCAUUUAGGACAAAUACUAAAAUAUUUAAAAAAAUGUGAUUUUAUUGAACAGCUCGAACUUAUACAUGCAAAAGUACCCAUUAUAAAAUUUUGUGAUACAAUACAAGAUUUAAAAGUCGAUCUUAAUUGUAAUAAUGCUGUUGGUAUUAGAAAUACACAAUUGCUGUAUUGUUAUUCAAAACUUGAUUGGAGGGUAAAACCACUAGUACUUGUCAUAAAACUUUGGGCUCAAUAUCAUGACAUUAAUAAUGCGAAAAAUAUGACAAUAUCUAGUUACUCUUUAGUUCUCAUGGUCAUACAUUUUUUACAAUGCGGUAUCAACCCUCCAGUUCUGCCAUGUUUACAUUCGAUAUUUGGAAGCAAAUUUAGCCCACAUACAGAUAUUCAUAAUAUCGAUAUUCAUGAGGAUUUAAACAUUCCAUCCUCCAAUCGUUUACCUGAAAAUCAUCAAUCUCUCGGAGAAUUAUUUGUAGAAUUUUUCAGAUAUUAUGUUAAAUUCGAUUUCAGCCACUAUGCGAUAUCUGUACGUUUAGCAAAAAAAAUAUUAAUAGAGGAAUGUCGUAUGGUGCAGUCACUCAAAAAUGAUUAUCAUCAAUGGAAAUAUCUAUGUAUUGAAGAACCAUUUGAUCUGACUAACACAGCUAGAUCAGUCUAUGAUCCGGAUGUAUUUGCAAGAAUUAAGCAGCUAAUUGAUGAAACAUACCAAAGACUGCAGAAAAAACAUGAUCUAAAUUCGAUAUUUCUCAACAUAAUUACUGAUGUUCCUAUUACAAGAUAUUUAUAAAGCGGUCUAUUUUGAUGAACAAGCUAUUCUGAUUGCACCAAAGGCAUUUUGUUAAAUGCUGAUAGCUUAAUGAUCUGAUGAUCUAAAAUGAUAUAAAAGGAAGAUAGAACGAAGUUAAAUAAGACUGCCAAGAUCGUCUUGUAUGCUUAGUACCUUGUAAUAUUAAGUCUUAUUAUUUUUCACAACUUAUAUUAGCAAGGUACACAAAGUAGAACAUGAUAAAACAUGUUUGUUGAACUACUUGUCUACAAGUAUAAUAAAUUUGUCCUCCGUUAAAUUUUAUAUAUAUUUUUUGGGGUUUUUUUUUGGUUUUUUUUUUUUGGAGGAUUUUAAAAUCAACUAUAUAACAUCUUGAAAGGAGACAGUGUUACUGUCUGCGCGUUUAUUAACAUGCAAAAAGAAAUAUUUCAUUCUGAUAUAAAGUAUCGCGAAUGCACGGGUAUUGUUCCUACAUAAACGCAAAAAUUGCAAUACGUGCAAUAAUAAAGUCUGACUUAUAUCUAAAGUUACAAUUAACCAUGCUUGUUUGGAUAUUUGAGACAAUCGCGAAAUGUGUGAUUUAAGUGUGUCCUCUGCUGAUAAUUGGAUACAUUUAUAUAUGUGAUAACGUCAUAGUGAUUCAAAAUUAUUCAACAUUGUCUUCCCAAUGUAUAUCACUCAUUACCCUACAUAUAAGUCUUUCAUAUAAUAUCAAUAAAUCUAAAAUAUAUGAUGCCUUGAUGGCUAAUUUGUUAACAUAAUUAUAUACUGUGUGAUAUAACAAGACUGAUUAGAUAUAAAAGUGGAGAAAUUGAAGCAGAACAAAGGGUGAUGAAUGAAAUUUUUUCUAUGACGUUGAAAAAUGAUUUGUUGCACAAAUAUAUUCUCGAUUAAAAAAAUAUUUCCAACUAGCUAGAUUGCUAGUCAUAAAAAUAAUCUAAUAUUAAAUGUCUGAUAUUAAAAUAACAUCUUACAUAUAAAGAGAAAAAAAGCAACACUUAUUUCUUUGUAUAGUUGCUAUUUCUCACAAAAAAAAUAUUUCACAUGAGCUUUGAUUCAUGAAAAAAAAAAAUAUAUAUAUAAAGCUUUAAUAUAUUAUCUUUUGCAAAAUAUUAAAAAACAAAAAAAACAAAAAUACUUACUAAAAAUAAAAAAAAUGUUACACAUUUGAAACAAAUUAAUUAUUUACGUUUGCAAUAUUUUGUUCAGAUAUAUAGUGAAUAAAAGAUUGAUAGUGAAGUUAACAAGGCUGUGUUUCUUUUAAAAAAAUUUAAAAACUUUCUAAGUUUCAAUAGUUUUCUCUUAAAAUUGAUGCAAAUAUAAGUUGUCAUGUUAGUGGGAUAAUUUAUAUAAUUCGAUCCUAAAACAAUACAAAUUAUAGUAAUAUAUAAAUAUAUACAUAGUACGAAAAUUAGAGUAAAGAUCUAACAUUCUUCGAAAAUCAAAAAACUAACAGUAAGUUUUUUGAUAUCAAUGAAUCAAAUCCUUGUUUCUUAACAAAAUACCUUUUCAUUUUUUGUCAAAUUUUUAUUCUCUAUUUCUCAAACAAUUAUUAAGUAAUCUAUAGUUGUAAAAUUAUGAAUUUCAACAAAAGUUAUUAACUUUACUAAAGGACAUUCAUAUAAAAAUUGUCUAAGGAUAAAGUUAUCUCUCAUAAUUAUCAAUCUUAAUAAAUAUUUAAUUGCUAGAAGAUGACAAUUUUCCACUAAUAUAGCUAACUUUUUGUGUAAUAAUUCUUUUCAGAAACACUCGUAUUUGAUAUUUUUCUUCAUUUGUCAUAUAAAGGCUACUAUAUUCCAUUCUUUUACUAGUGUCUCUUACUAAUAUUUUUUUUUCAAAGUAUAUAUAUAUAUAUGGCAUUGUGUAAUAGUAUUCUUAAAUAGUACAUGAAAAAAAAAGGUUGUGCCUCUGCAAUAUUACAAAUUAUUAUUAUGAUUAUAUUAAUUUUAGGUCCUUAUGAAUAAAUAGUAUAAAUUACAUCUAUUAAUUACAGGGUAAAUGUGAAGUGCUAAAUAACGUACAUAUAUUUUGUUAUAUGCACAUGUAGCUUAUGAUAUUAUUUUGAUAAUGAAAUAUGAAAUUGAUUCUAUUUUGAUGUGAUAUUUGAUUAGACCUAUAUAUCCUUUGUAAUGCGCUAUGUACUUAUAUACACUGCUACUUUAAGUGCCGAAUUUUUGAAUGCAUUCUUAUAAAACAAAAAAGAAAUUAAAGUUAAACACUAGCAAUAGACAAAGUUAGAUGGCAGCCAUUAUAUUCUUUGAAUAAAAAUUGCAAUAGUAUAUUUUUGUCAAAGUUAACAUAAGCAUUUGAUUUAUAGAAUAAAAUUAACAAUUUUCUGUAAAACUAAUUUUCUUGUUAAAUAAAUGAAAUGUUUAUGUA